GGGCAUUCUACGUUGAACCUAUUUUUAUACUCCGUGUCUAUCUCGCACCUGAUUUUAGGAUCUAUCGAAGACGAUGACGGACUUUAAGGGAUCGUGCCACUGUAAGCAGACGGAGCGGACGGCGACGCUGCAGCCAGACCAUCACUGUAACACUUGUAAGGAGCUCUCCGGCGGAACAUACACGCUCAACCAGGUCAUUCUCGCCAAGGCGCUUAAGAUCACAAAAGGCGAUGACUUGGGAAAGUACACAUACCAGGGUGCCUCUGGCCAAAGUGUCCACUGCUUUUACUGCAAAAACUGCACCACAUACGUAUACCACCAGCAAGAGGUCCUGCAAGGAAUAAAGGACUUCAAACCUCUUGUGGAGAUCUUUGGCAAGGACCUCUUGCCGUGGGAGAAGGAGGUUGCAAACACGAUAUAUUGAAUAUUGAGAUAGGUAUCAUGAUACUGCAGUCUCCUCUUCCCCUCUGGUAUCUAAUUUCCAUUUGAC